CAGUCGCGUAGUCUGUUUCGCUUAAACCAUCGAAUUUUUAACUCCCGGGGGGGCAACAUGUCGAUUGCAGUGCGUUGGGCGAAACGGCGUGUUCUCGUUGCGAGCAUUGCGACGAUCGUGCUCUACUACUUCCUGUCCUCCUCCUAUCAGAAGUACCAAAUCAGCACCAUCAUACCACACACCAAGCCGGAAGACGUGUGGGAGUUCGUGGCCGAUUUCAGUCAAAUGCGAAAACUCAACCCAACCAUACUGAACUUCAACAUUCUCGCCGACCAUGGUAAUUUCGAGCACUGGAAGUACACGGUCACGUACGACGAGCGGCUCUCGCACUGGCCCUACCUGGUCAACACGGCGGUCGGGCACUUUUCCGUGAGAAAACUUCCGGAAGCCGAAGGAGGCCAGUACUCGGUAGCGUCCACCCACAAGACCUGCUUCCUUCUCGGGCUGUUUUGUCUAAACUCGAAGGGCGAAUUUAAAAUGUCUCGCCUUCACCAGAACGAUACGUUUUGCGAGGAGACGGUGUUCUUCCAGUGUCCGUUCUUUUUUGGACGUCUUUGCCGCCGGGAAGUCGAAUUUCAGCGCCAGGCCAUCAUGAGGAAUUUGGAAUCGCAUUUCCGGCAGAAGCUACACGGAUAGUGGACAGAAUGGA